GGCCCUGAAGGCCCCAGAGGCUCCGGUGGCGGCCGCCACAGCCGCGUCGACAGCCACUUCGCCCGAAUAGCGACAAGCAGUACAAGAAGCCAUCGGAUAAAGAGAAAAUAGACCAACUACAGGAGGAUCUUCUCCGCACUCAGCUGAAGUACCAACGCAUGCUCGAGCGUCUGGAGAAGGAGAACAAGGAGCUGAGGAAGGUGGUGCUGCAGAAGGAUGAUAAAGGCAUUCAUCAGAGGAAGGUCAAGAAGUCUCUGAUUGACUUGUACUCAGAAGUGCUGGACAUCCUUUCUGACUAUGACUCCAACUACAACACUCAAGACCACCUGCCAAGGGUGGUGGUGGUCGGGGACCAGAGUGCCGGGAAGACCAGCGUGCUGGAGAUGAUCGCCCAGGCCAGGAUCUUCCCCCGAGGCUCGGGCGAAAUGAUGACCAGGUCGCCUGUCAAGGUGACCCUCAGUGAAGGCCCUCACCACGUGGCCAUGUUCAAGGACAGCGGCCGAGAGUUUGACCUCACCAAAGAGGAGGAUCUGGCUGCCCUCAGGCACGAGAUCGAGCUCAGGAUGAGGAAGAGCGUCAAGGAUGGCCAAACCGUCAGCACGGAGACAAUUUCUCUAAGUGUCAAAGGCCCAGGAAUCCAGAGGAUGGUGUUGGUUGACCUGCCAGGUGUUAUUAGUACGGUGACCGCAGGAAUGGCAGCAGACACCAAGGAGACCAUUUUCAGCAUCAGUAGAGCGUACAUGCAGAACCCCAAUGCCAUUAUCCUCUGCAUUCAGGAUGGUUCAGUGGAUGCCGAGCGCAGCAUUGUCACGGACCUGGUCAGCCAGAUGGACCCCCAGGGCAAGAGAACCAUCUUUGUCUUGACCAAAGUCGACCUGGCCGAGAAGAACCUGUCCAGCCCCAGCAGGAUUCAGCAAAUUGUUGAAGGCAAGCUGUUCCCAAUGAAGGCCUUGGGAUACUUUGCUGUGGUUACUGGCAAAGGAAGUGCUGGUGAAAGCAUUGACUCCAUUAAAGACUACGAGGAAGAUUUCUUCCAGGGCUCCAGACUAUUAAGAGACGGCAUGCUGAAGGCCCACCAGGUCACCACCAAGAACCUGAGCCUGGCCGUGUCCGACUGCUUCUGGAAGAUGGUGCGGGAGUCCGUGGAGCAGCAGGCCGAUGCCUUCAAAGCCUCUCGCUUCAACCUGGAGACGGAGUGGAAAAACAACUACCCACGCUUACGUGAGCUGGACAGGAACGAGCUCUUUGAGAAGGCCAAGAAUGAGAUCCUGGACGAAGUGAUCAGCCUGAGUCAGGUCACGCCCAAACACUGGGAGUCCAUACUGCAGAAGAAGCUGUGGGAGAGGGUGUCCACGCACGUCAUUGAGAACAUCUACUUGCCGGCCGCCCAGACCAUGGACUCGGGCACCUUCAACACCACUGUGGACAUCAAGCUGAAGCAGUGGACAGACAAGCAGCUGCCUCACAAAGCAUUGGAGGUUGCCUGGGAGACGUUGCAGGAAGAGUUUGCCCGCUUUAUGGCAGAGUACAAAGGGAAAGACCAGGAUGACAUCUUUGACAAGCUGAAGGAGGCCGUCAAGGACGAGAGCAUCAAGAGACACAAGUGGAACGAGAGAGCCAUGGACAGCUUGAGGGUGAUUCAACACAACGCCCUUGAGGACCGCUCUAUCACAGACAAGCCUCAGUGGGAUGCUGCCAUCCAGUUCAUGGAGGAGACUCUGCAGUCCCGCCUCAAAGACACGGAGUCUGUAAUUCAUGAUAUGGUGGGACCAGACUGGAAAGAGAGGUGGAUGCACUGGACAAACCGCACGGGAGACCAGCACAUCCGCAACGAAACCAAAAACGAGCUGGAGCGCCUGCUGAAGCUGCAGGAGGACCACACAGCCUACCUGGCCAACGACGAGGUCACCACCGUACGCAAGAACCUGGAGAGCCGCGGCGUUGAUGUGGACCCUGUGCUGAUCAAGGACACGUGGCACCAGUUGUACCGACGCCACUUCCUGCAGAAGGCCCUGGCCCACUGUAACCUCUGCCGACGAGGCUUCUACUACUACCAGAGACAUUUCGUAGACUCUGAACUGGAGUGCAAUGACAUUGUGCUGUUCUGGAGGAUCCAGCGCAUGCUGGUCAUCACUGCCAACACGCUGAGGCAACAGCUCACCAACACGGAGGUACGUCGCCUGGAGAAGAACGUGAAGGAGGUACUGGAGGACUUUGGGGAGGACACGGAGAAGAAGACCCAGCUGAUCACCGGCAGGAGAGUUCAGUUGGCCGAGGACCUCAAAAAAGUUCGGGAAAUCCAGGAGAAACUUGAAGCAUUCAUUGAAGCCCUUCACAAAGAAAAGUAGACAUAAACGCUGGAUGCAACUUACAGUUCACAGAAAAUGCACUGUUCAAAGAAGACUAAUUCACCUUCGGCCCUUUUGUAAAUGACUGCUCUCCCGACCUCAUCCGCAUCCAGCAUUUGAUUUUAACAUGAAGAUACUCUCUCACACAUACUAUAUAUAUAUAUAUAUAUAUAUGCACACACACACACACACUGGCACACUCUAAAAGGAGUCUGCAGCUAGACAUUUCUUCGCUCGCUGCUUCAGGAGGAAGAUAAAGAGUGGAUGCUCUCUCCUCCAGCCAGUGAGCGGCUGCUUGGCUCUAUCAGCGACUGGGAAAGAAGCCCUCCAUAAGCCGAGAGUGACCCUGUCACAGCCGGAUGCAGUCUUCCCCUCCUCUGGUGGCUCAAAAGCACUUGAUGCGUUCAGCAGACAUGUCCUCCACAUGGACAUACUCCACAGAGAAGGAGCGAAUGAGUGGGAGAGGGAGGAAGGCAAAAAAAAAAAGAGACCCACUUACAUACACCUCCACUCCUCUCGUCCUCCUCCACCUCUCUGUUCUCCCUCACUUCCCAUAAAUGAAGAUUUUGUGCAGGUGUCUUCUGUCACCCCCCCCCAUACACCCUACUACCCCCACCCCACUCUUAUCACGCACUUUGGCUGUCGUCAUCCAUUUGGCUGCGUUUGCCAGGCGCGUCUAUCAGACACGUAUCUGCUGGUGAUGUCUAGGAGGCCGUGGGUGUAGGGGAGGAUGCAGCGCUCCUGUCAGCCUGCAGAUAACCGUGAAGCACUUAGCAUCAGCAGCCCCCGGUGUCGGGCCCCAUCCCAUAGGAUUUGUAGGCUUUCCAACGGGGGAAGUGUUGUAGUUUAUCACCAACUGAUAAUGUACUCUUGCUUACAGUAUGGCGGCUCUAUUUAAACUUAGCACCUCCAUCUUAUGUUUGUUUGACUAAUGUAGGGAUUAAAAAGCAAACUGUUUGCCUUUAUUUAUUUUUGUUCCUGAUGUGAGAUGUGAGACUAAUUGAAGUUGGGUACACGUAAACAAGAGAUCCUUUUCACUCAUUUCUGCUUGGGUUCGAGAGCGUCUCUGAGAGAUCUGUCUGUGUAGUGCGUUGCACAUCACGGACCUCACACUCGUGGUGUUUCAUGUUAGCUCCAUGUCCUGCAGGCCUUCAUUGAGAAAACAGUGCGGAGCCUCCACUACCGUCUCUGGUCUCUGGGGGAGCAGCAGCUCUUAGGCCUGUUGGCUGUCCUCCUAGUGGUGAAGUCAGAAUGGGGGCGGGGGUCCACACUCACACUCACACUCACACGUUUGGCUGCCCUCUCCACUCGAUUCACUCUGCUUCCGGCUCUUUUCCCUCUCUCCAUCUCUCUCACUUUCUCUUUUCCCUCUCCAUCUCUCACUUUUUCUUUCCAGUUCUCUCCAUCUCUCUCUCACCUUAGCCCUUUCCUCCCAUAAGACGUGAGCGUUCUUCCUUUCCCUCGGAGGAAGAAUAGAAUGAGGAGAAUGGAAAGGGGGUGGGGGGGUUGGGCGGGUUGAGAUGGGGGAAUUCAAAGCGGACUUCUCUUUCCUCUAGCACUGUUUGCAUCUGCACGUUUCCUCUCCCUUCUCUCACCUUACUGCUCAUCUGGUUGCCUGUGUCCAGUGUGUGAAGUCAAAGCAGAACUAUUUUUUGUCUUUUUGCGGCUGUUAUGCAUUUUUAUUGCUCUUUAUCUCUCUCUCUCUCUCUCUCUCUCUCUCUCUCUCUCUCUCUCUCUCUCUCUCUCUCUCUCUCUCUCUCUCUCUCUCUCUCUCU